AUGGUUUGCGGGCUGGAGCGGCACAUCAUCAUCGUCAGAUGUUGUGACACCUCGGGAGCGUGUCACCCUCUGGCUCUCCAGAGCAGAGGUCAUCAAGGCGUGCAGCAGACGGCCAAGUUCAUGCCUGGGGUUCUGGGAAGCCUGUUAGUGCAGUGCGGGGGUGACAAGCCAGUCCCGGUGUUAUCAACAGCUGCCCAACCACUGGCAGCAACCACCGCUCUCAACCUGCUGCUGCAGGGCCCUGGGUCAUCGGUGACCAGAAACGAGUCCCCUUGCCCAGCCCUGGCCCGAGCACGUCACGCCCCGCAGCUCCCGGUACGCCCUGUCCCCCUCACCCCUCUGUCCGUCCCACAGAACCAGGUGCGUCGGGAGAUCACCUACGCGCUGCGCUCCCUCCCCUGGAUCAGCGUGCCCACCGUCGCCCUGUUCUUCGCCGAGGUGCGGGGCUACAGCAAGCUCUACGACAACAUCGAGGACUCCCCGUAUGGCUGGGCGGGCGUCUUCCUCAGCAUGCUGUCCUUCCUCUUCUUCACCGACAUGGGUAUCUACUGGAUACACCGCGCUCUCCACCACAAGCUGCUCUAUAAGCGCUUCCACAAGCCCCACCAUCUCUGGAAAAUCGCGACGCCCUUCGCCAGCCAUGCCUUCCACCCCGUUGACGGCUUCAUGCAGAGCCUGCCCUACCACAUCUACCCCUUCCUCUUUCCCCUGCACAAAGUCACCUACUUGGGCCUCUACAUCUUCGUCAAUGUCUGGACCAUCUCCAUUCAUGACGGCGACUACCGUGUCCCCCGCCUCCUGCGGCACGUCAUCAACGGCUCAGCCCACCACACCGACCACCACUUGUACUUUGACUACAACUACGGGCAGUACUUCACCCUCUGGGACAAGAUUGGCGGCUCCUACAAGAGCCCCACAGCCUUCGAGGGCCAAGGCCCCCACGACUACUUGCGCAAGCUCCGAGAGAAAGGCCUGGGCGUGCCCAAUGGCCUCUCAGCCGCCAAGACUGAGUAGACUUCCCCCAGCCCCUCUCCAGGACGAGAUUCCUGGGCUGGAUCUCGUCCUGUUCCUCCCUGGCCUCUUGAGACUACUUUCCCACGGACAAAGAGCCCCCGACGCGGGGCGGUUCUCGGUGAGCCCACCCCUGCUCCCAAAACGGCCUUCUCCGGCCUCGCUCUGCUGCCCCUAUCGCUCCCCUUCCCGCCUGCCUUUGGAUCUCUGCUAUGGCCCCUACGCUGCUUUCAUGCCGUGCUGCUGCUUUACAAAACGAACAAUAACGUGGCACAGAUAGAACAAUAACGUGGCUCGCGGCGGGGUCUCUGUCUGUCCGUGCUGCACACCUUUGAUUCGCUGCCAUGGGGUCCAUCCGGACAAGUCGAGUCGAAUCGAGUGGAGAAGUUGACAACAUUACAUUUUUUUUUGCAAUAAAAAAAGCCACAAACACGUACCUUUUGGAGACAGUGUGGGUCUGGCAAGGGCUCGGCCUCGAGAUGCAGCGGGACUCCUUGGCGCUCGACGCGCUCUUCUCAUUCCUCCCACCUGGGGACGUCCCUGGGGUGCUGAUGGAACAUCUCCUGACAACGGCAGGCCUGUAGGACAAAGAUGCACUUUGAGACCCGUGGGUCCCUUGAGCUCCCCGAGAAUAUUGAGUGGGAGAGGGAAGAGGAGGAACAGGUACCCAGAGGUGAGGGGCAGGGGCUUCUCCUCGCUCGAGGGUUCGUGGCCGGCUCUCCCCCUUAACGCCUGGUGUGUUUCCUGCUGAAACCCCGUCGCCCUGCCUUUGGGUCUGACCUGUGUUCAAUAAAUCUUACUUGCCAACUUG